AUGUCUAUAUUUUCUAGAUUUACAUCCAUUUUUGGAUCAAAUUAAACUACUUAGGCAUCAAGUACUCCCAUAAAUCAACAAUUAUAAGAGAAAUUAGCAUAAAUUAUUAAUUAGAAUGGUAAAUUGGAUCUAAAAUAAAAGGGUGAAGUCUUAGCAUAAUAUUUAAUUGAUAGAGAUGGUAUAAUAUAAUAAAUUAAAGUUUUAGAACAUAUUGAAUUUCUUUUUUAGUUUCUAGAAACUAAGUCUAAAGAUCUAUAAGGUGUUUAAAUAGUUCAUUUAUUGGCAGCUUUACAUUAACAAUUUUAAUAUAAUGAAUUAAUAUAAGAUGUAGCAAUCAAAUUAAGAGAAACAAAAAUGCCUUGGGUACAACUAGAAAAAUAGGAAUGGUAUUCUACUUAAACAGAACCUGAUUAAUAAAAGAAUUAAUAAAGUUAAAAGAUUUUAACUGAAUUCGAAGAUAAAACAUAACCAGCUAGAAUAUAUGCUUAAUUGUGUUAUGUUUAUCUAUAAAAGUUAGCAGCUAAUGUUGAUCUUUAUAGAGCAGUUCUAAAAUUUAAUUAUCCUUAUAUAUCAGAUAAAGAACAAAUAGAAGCUAAACUUAUGUUCUUAUGGCAUUAUAAAAUAUAAAAUCUAAUUAACUCAGGAUUAAUAUUAAUUUAAUUCAAUCCAAAUUUAAUAGAAAUUUAAGUAGCAUUAUAUGCUGAUGUAUGGAGAUUUUAAAAGUUUAUUUGUACUGAAAUUGAAAAAAUCAUCGAUCAAUAUGCUACUCUACCAAAUAGUGAUACUCUUAGUCUUUAUGAGAUAUAUUUAGAGAGUAUAAAACAUUAUGAAUAUCUAAUUCAAUUUCAUUAAUUUACAUCAAACAUAACUAAACCUCCUCCAUAGUGUUAAAUUAAUAAUAAUCUUCUUUAAGAAUUCUUUGCAUUUGUAACUAAAUUAAAAGUCUUAAAUCAAUUUAAUUUUAAAAAAUCUAUUAAAGUACCUAACAAACUAGAUCCUAUUAUGGGUAUUCCAACUAAAAAUCCUAAUGUAUUUUUUCAUAUCAAAUUUCUACUUAGGUUAUCAAUAUAAGGAGAUCAAGUUAAUAAUUAUAUGAUUAAGUAUGUAGUGAAUCUGAGGAGGAAAUUGAAAAUCAAAAUAAAAAAAAUCGUUCAGAUCAUAAUAGAGUAUAAAGUACAUUUCAAUAUGUUUAAAAAUGA